AUGACGCCGGGUGAGAUUGCUGUCAAAGUCCACGCGCUCCGCGUCCAGGAUGUCGGGGGUGUCAUCGUCGGUGGUCAAAAUGUCGAAGAGCGGCGCCUCGUUCGUCGCGCCGUCCGUGUCGUCAGGGCUCUCGAGCCGCACCCGCAGCUUCCGCUCGUUGCGCAGCACUUCGACGAUGACGCCACGCACCCACAGCAGCUUCACCUGCACGCGGCACCGCUUCCCGUUGAGGUCGUCGGUGAACAUGAAGUCCCGCACCUUCGUCCACUCCGGGUCCUUCCACCAGCUGUCCCAGAAGACAAACGACACAUAGCCGUCAAUGACGCGCAGCGAGACGUUCUCGUCCUGGUAAAACAAGUUCUGUAUGAAGAUACGGCAGUUCAGCGGGGAGAUGAAGAGGCCGCCCAGGUGCACACGCGUCGACGGCGGCAGAACGAAGUAGCGCAGGAGCACCUGCACCGCGACGCCCAACAGCUUGUGGAUGUACAGCAUCAGUAUGAGCCCGCAUAA